CAGCGACAACGGAUGAGCAAGAUGGCGUAUUUGUUUACUUAUUUGUGUUAACUCUUGGGUUGGUAUCGUAAGCUCCGUUCAUUUUUCUUCGUAUGUAAUUUAUUCGUCACGCCGUGAGUAGAUAAUACUUGCACCAACUGUAGGUCGUAAACUGUUGUACGAAACUUGGAACAAGGCACCGCUUUUUUCGAAGAUUAUGUGGACGCUGGUUGUGACUGAUUAUGCAAGAAGAUAACUCAACUCAACUCUGCAUCUUCAGGAUUUGUGUCACAGGCUGUCUAUUUAGCGUACGUCGAAGCCCCAGUUGUCGGGGCCUCCGACCACUGAGCAUCCUGGCGGCUUCGUCGGCUGGCAGGUGACGUCUACUGCGGCGGCGGCGGCUCUUUCGGUGCGGACGCUGCAGCCUCGGUGCUGAAAAUGUCUGCCAUCUACUCGAUGCGAAAGCAGGUGACCUGCCCCCACUGCAACGUGCUGCUGUCGGGGAACACCGCGCUGGCUGCACACAUCGCGAAAGGACACCUGCCCAGCGUGCCGAUCACCAGUUCCACCACAUCGAUGGCUCCGCUGGGCUGCAGCGGCGACUCGGGUGGACUGAAGACGCACAUCUCUACUGCUUUCGGUGGGCUGUUGGACCGAGGGCUCGUCAGUCGCCUGGAGAGGGGACGCGGCUCAUGUGGUUCGCCCCGCCUCGGUCGGCCGCCGUUGAACCGGCCGCAAAAGCAGACGGCACUCCAACCCGCACCCACCUCGGCAGCUGCUCCGUCGUCGGCACGUCGCCCGCGACCCGUGUACAACACGGAACUGGCCAAGCAAGUGAUGCGGGAGCUGAGUUCGAAGCGGGUGGGGACGACCGAGGGCACCGUGCGCAAGUCUCACUUGCACCACUACGCCUGCUUCUACUGCCAUCGCUGGUUCAAGCUGCAGAGCACUCGCAAACUGCACAUGGUGAGCGCACACCUGAACGUGAUCAUGGCCUCGAAGUCGAAGCAGGCGGAGCCCGGUGACAACCCGGACCGCCUGUCCGGCAGUGAAGACUCGGAUCGAGAGUGUGGCACCGACUCUGGUGAACCACGGGAAGUACCGGCACACCGCAAAGUGGAGCACGGCCAGCUCGAUUUCGCACGGCAGGGCAGUUGGAGUGGAGGCGUCGUGUCUGCCGUCCCGACUGCGACACCCGACGAGGAGGAGGCUACGAAGCGGAAGGCAUUGGCGGCACUGCAGGAAAUGAGUGCGCGGCGACGUCGGGGCAGGGGCCGCGGGACGGCCAGACGGGGGACGCGCCUCCCACCGGCACCGUCGUCCCGUGCCGACAGAGCUGCCGAGCUGGAAGAGAGGUCCGCCAUCGAUCUGCCACCGGUGGAAACUGACCAACUCACAUCUCCAAAGCGGGAAAUGGAGUACGUGUUUGUCGAAGAAGAGACUCCGUUUCUGCACAAGUGGGAGAUGCCCGAUGGUCCCGAUACGGCACGAGAUCCACUGAGCAUUGAGGAAAAGACUGGUGCACUUACUGAUGAUCCACCAAUGGAAGAUGAUCCACUUUCCAUUUGUGAUCCACAGAUCGUUAAGAAAGAGGUUCUUGAUGAUCCAUUAGAAGUCUCAGGGUGCAGUGUCUGUAUUAAAGAAGAUCCAGACUUCGAUUUGGAAGUAGAUGCGACUGACAAUAAGGAGGCAGCCGCCGAAGGACACUUUUCAGAUAUUACAGACACCGCCAUCCUGACACCGACCGGCCACUCGGUUUCUGAGGCCGGCAGCACCGGGCAGACUGUCCCCGAUUGGUCUCACGCCGGUGGCGGCCGCUGCGAGGAGGACUCCACAGCGUCGGACACGGCGUCGUCGACAGGCGACACUGCUGCUCUGACCUCGGCCGACACUGGGGGUAUCGCCGAGAGCGGCGGUGUCGACGGGCUGGGCGAGGAGCGCCACCUCGACGGCACGGGCUCGGCCGGUACUGCCGACACGACGCAGCCGACCUGCUACGUGGAGAUCAUCGCUAAGGCCAUAUUGCGUUCGCCGGAAAGGAGGGCGACACUGUCGGAGAUCUACGCCUUCGUCAUGAACCACUUCCCCUACUUCGUGUGCAGCAAGAAGGGCUGGCACAACGCGAUCGCCAGCAACCUGUGGUUCAGCAAGUACUUCAUGAAGGUGGCGCUAGGGGGCAGCAACGGCAAAUACUCCAACUACUGGAUGCUGGAUCCGCGGUACGAGGACACGUUCAAGGACGGCAACUUCUGCAACCACUGCCGAAUGUUGCUGUCGAGCUACGGAGGCCCGGGAGCGACGACCGCCCUCGCGGAGCUCGUCGGCCCGGCUGUCAUCACCUGCCAGCCGCCCGACGCACGGUGCCACCGGGAGCAGCGCGGCGACCUCUCGGCACGUUCCCAGCUGCCGGGUGCCGGUGAGAGGUGGACGUCGAGCUCGCCAGCACUCCGUGCUGCCUCUGGUGACCACGUGCCGCCCUCUGACGAUCUGCAGUGUCCCAGCACCGCUGCUCCGACUUCAGCCGGUGUGUCGGUCUCCGAGGUUAGCGGUAGUGCCCCCUACUCGCCCCACCGUAGCAGUGGCCACUGUGAGGAUGACGGCCCAGUGUCGGACACGGUGACGUUGACGGGAGAACCGGUUACUCUGACCUCCACAUCUGGUGGCAUCGGCAGCAGUGGCACAGACACCGACAGCAGGGCAACUGCCUCAGAUGUUGCUGCCAGUGGAUUGGAUGGAGAGCAGCUCUCCAGCUCUGCCGGCUCGACUGGUGCCGCCGACACGAAGCCGCCGCUCAGCUACGUGGAGCUCAGUGCCAUGGCCAUAGUGCAUUCGCCACACAGGAGGGCAACACUUUCUGAGAUCUACGCCUACAUCACGAGCCGCUUCCCCUAUUUCGAGCACAACAAAAAGGGCUGGAGAAACACGAUCCGUGGGACCUUGUCGCUCUACGAGUGCUUCGUCAAAGUGCCACGGGAGGGUGGCGUCGGCAGCGGCUACUACUGGACGCUCGACCCGCAGUACGAGGACAUGUUCGAGAACGGCAAAUUCCGCCGCCGUCAGCGCACGAAUUGGCCGUUCGGCAGUUGCCCGUCAGCGGCGGUCGAGGUGGCAGCGGACCGUGGACACGCGCACCACAUUCGACACCGAAACCGCACUCACCACCCCCGACAGCAGCAACAGCACUCCGGCCUGUCGGAACACUGCCAGCUGCCGAGCACGGCUACCGGGCCUCGGCACGGGUCCCCGGUGCUCCACGCUGCUGCCGCCACCGAUACUGGAGACGGAGGAGGAGGUGGAGGCAGCGGGGGCGGCGACCUGUCAUCCACCACCGACUUGCACUGCGCCAGCUCUGCCCCCAUGACCACACCCAGUCUGUCAGUCUCCAAUGUUGACGGCACUGGCAAGGAUGCCGCCAACUCGCUCCACACUGACAACGACCACUGCGAGGGCUACACCCCGGCACUGAACGAGACGGUGUCGACGGGCACGGCCGCCACUUCGACCUCCGGAUCCGACGGCACUGCGAACGGCGACGGCAGCAGCAACGGUAUAAACAGUGGUGGUUCCACAGUGAGCAAUGCUGCCACUGGAGUGGGAGAGGAACAGCACACGGGAAACACUGACUCGGCCAGCACUGCCGAAAAGAGGCCGCCGUUCUCGUACAAGGCACUCAUUGCUAUGGCCAUAGCACAGUCACCUCACAGGAAGGCGAAGCUGUCCGAGAUCUACGCCUACAUCACGAGACGCUUCCCCUACUUCGAACACAACAAGAAGGUUUGGCAGAACUCGAUCCGGCACAACCUGUCACUCCACAAGUGCUUCGUCAAAGUGCUGCAGAAGGGUAGAAAGGAGAAGGGCAACUACUGGGUGCUCGACCCGCAGUUCGAGGGCACGUUCAAGGACGCCAAAUACUGUCAGCGACAGUGCAACAGGCAGCCAUUUCACAGGGAUGUGGGGGCGGUGGCAAACUCCGCAGUGCCCGGUGACCUUGCUGCUGCCGACUUGCACUUUGCCACAGAUGAAGACAGCACUGCCCCCCUGACCACACCCAGUCCGUCAGUCUCCAAUGUUGACAGCACUGGCAAGGAUGGCGCCAACUCGCUCCACACUGACAACGGCCACAGCGAGGGCUACGCCCCGGCACUGGACGAGACGGUGUCGACGGGCACAGCCGCGAACGGCGACGGCAGCAGCAACGGUAUAAACGGUGGUGGCACCACGGUGAGCGAUGCUGCCACCGGAGUGGGAGAGGAACAGCACACGGGAAAUACUGACUCGGCCAGCACUGCCGAAAAGAGGCCGCCGUUCUCGUACAAGGCACUCAUUGCUAUGGCCAUAGCACAGUCACCUCACAGGAAGGCGAAGCUGUCCGAGAUCUACGCCUACAUCACGAGCCGCUUCCCUUACUUCGAACACAGCAAGAAGGCGUGGCAGAACUCGAUCCGGCACAACCUGUCACUCCACAAGUGCUUCGUCAAAGUGCUGCAGAAGGGUAGAAAGGAGAAGGGCAACUACUGGGUGCUCGACCCGCAGUUCGAGGGCACGUUCAAGGACGCCAAAUACUGUCAGCGACAGUGCAACAGGCAGCCAUUUCACAGGGAUGUGGGGGCGGUGGCAAACUCCGCAGUGCCCGGUGACCUUGCUGCUGCCGACUUGCACUUUGCCACAGAUGAACACAGGUCUACCGAAAUUCCUUCAUUUGAAGAAAGCUAUCUUCAAAACGUGUCCAGUGGUGAGGUAGCGAUGAAGGAAGAAAAAUCGAUCCAUUUCGUCAGUUGUAGUGCUCCGACACGAGGAAUUACCUUACAGUUGGAUAAUUCCUUCUGCAGUACAGCUUAUAUGAGCAUGGUGGACAAUAUCUUUUCUGUCUUCACCUGCAGUUCAUGCCUACAGAGGUUUUCAUCAAAAUACAGCCUCAUAAUGCACGUGUUCAUUCACAUUGAUUGUGUACAGCCACCGUUACACGUUUGUAGAUACUGUGGUGAAGUGUUUCUCACUUAUCGUGGCCUGAAUAAGCAUUUGAGGACGAAAGACGACGACGGGACUCUGAUCGCACAACCAUUUUCUGAUACCGGAAAGAUGUGUCACUCUAGUGAUGUAGUCAGUUCCGAAGACCACGCGCUUGUUUCUUUCGACUCAGUCACUGGUAACAGUUCAAAUGAACAAGUCACUAACACGGAUCUUGUGGAAAGGGCAGAUUCUACUCGACGUAAAGAUGACAGCUCGAGCUGCAUACAGGCACAACAAAAAGACUGUUACACUUGAGCCUCCAGCCGAAACCUUCUUUAGAAAAGGAAAAACGUCCACACAGUCCCACAAGGGAGCACAUCUCAUGCACAUGCGACUGCUAUCUCCCGCCACACUGGCCACUCAGUAACUCGUGUCAGACGGGAACAGAAAUCCGGAGUGGGGCACGGAAGUGGGAGGGAUA